AUGAAAGCGACGAUAGUUUUUUCAAUUCUUGUCAUUGUUAUGGCUAAAUCAAUUGAUUCAGCAUAUCCGAAUUGUAAACAACGCCCAGAUUAUACUGAUAAAAAGUUUGGAAAGACUUUAUUCCUAUUUCCAACAACUUUUUACAAUGUUGCCGAGGAUAAAAAGGUGAGGUUAUUUGAGGAAAGAUUCAUGAUUUUUUUUGAAUUCAGAAAAAUCAUUUUUUGUAUAUUCUCAAACAAAUAUCAUGUUCGAUUCCCAAUAACCGCAUGUUCCAUUAUGGAGUAUAUAGCCCAGAUGGUAUCAAACAGUACAAUCAAUUAAGUGACGUUCAAAAUCACUUCAAAACCCUAACUGGUCAGUUUUUCGUUUCGGUUUCAUGCUGAAAUUGUGAAUAAUCGAAAUGUUUCAUAACCUAAAAAAAUGGGAAACGAGAAAAAUAAUUCUUUUUUGUUCAAAAUUUAAAAAAAAAAAACUUUUUUUGAAAAAAAAAAAUUUUUUUGAAAAAAAACAUUUCAAAAAAAAAAAAAAAUUUUUUUUUGAAAAAAAAAUUUCGCGACGAGACCAUGUGUGUGUUUCACAUGUUGCGCCUUUCAAAAACGGUUUUUAAGAAAGAUUUUUUUUUUCAAAAAAAAAAAAAAAAAUUUUGUUGCGCCCUUCAAAAACGGUUUCUAAGAAAGAUUUAAAAAAAAAAAAUUUUUUUUUGAAAAAAAAAAAAUUUUUUUUUUCAAAAAAAUGUCGCGACGAGACCAUGUGUGUGUUUCACCUGUUGCGCCUUUCAAAAUUGGUUUUUAAGAAAGAUUUUUUUUUGGAAAAAAAAAAUUUAAAAAAAAAAAAAAUUUUUUUUUUUUUUAAAUGUCGCGACGAGACCAUGUGUGUGUUCCACCUGUUGCGCCUUUCAAAAAUGGUUUUUAAGAAAGAUUUUUUUUUGGAAAAAAAAAAUUAAAAAAAAAAAAAAAAUUUUUGAAAAAAAUGUCGCGACGAGACCAUGUGUGUGUUUUACCUGUUGCGCCCUUCAAAAAUGGUUUUUAAGAAAGAUUUUUUUUUCAAAAAAAAAAAAAUUUGUUGCUCCCUUCAAAAACGGGUUCUAAGAAAGAUUUAUUUCAAAAAAAAAACAAAAAAAAAACAUUUUUGAAAAAAAAUGUCGCGGCGAGACCAUGUGUGUGUUUCACCUGUUGCGCCUUUCAAAAAUGGUUUUUAAGAAAGAUUUUUUCAAAAAAAAAAAAAAAAAUUUUUUUUCAAAAAAAAAAAUUUUUUUUUCGAAAAAAAUGUCGCGACGAGACCAUGUGUGUGUUUCACCUCUUGCGCCUUUCAAAAACGGUUUUUAAGAAAGAUUUUUUUUUCAAAAAAAAAAAAAUUUGUUGCUCCCUUCAAAAACGGGUUCUAAGAAAGAUUUAUUUCAAAAAAAAAACAAAAAAAAAACAUUUUUGAAAAAAAAUGUCGCGGCGAGACCAUGUGUGUGUUUCACCUGUUGCGCCUUUCAAAAAUGGUUUUUAAGAAAGAUUUUUUCAAAAAAAAAAAAAAAAUUUUUUUCAAAAAAAAAUUUUUUUUUCGAAAAAAAUGUCGCGACGAGACCAUGUGUGUGUUUCACCUCUUGCGCCUUUCAAAAACGGUUUUUAAGAAAGAUUUUUUUUUCAAAAAAAAAAAAAAAUUUGUUGCUCCCUUCAAAAACGGGUUCUAAGAAAGAUUUAUUUCAAAAAAAAAAAAAAAUUUUUUUUCAACAAAAAAAAAAUUUUUUUUUCGAAAAAAAAUUUCGCGGCGAGACCAUGUGUGUGUUUCACCUCUUGCGCCUUUCAAAAACGGUUUUUAAGAAAGAUUUUUUUUUUCUAAAAAAAACAAAAAAUUUUGUUGCGCCCUUCAAAAACGGUUUCUAAGAAAGAUUUUUUUCAAAAAAAAAAAAAAAUUUUUUUCGAAAAAAAUGUCGCGGCGAGACCAUGUAUGUGUUUCACCUGUUGCGCCUUUCAAAAAUGGUUUUUUAGAAAGAUUUAAAAAAAAAAAAAAAUUUUUUUUUGAAAAAAAUGUCGCGACGAGACCAUGUGUGUGUUUCACCUGUUGCGCCUUUCAAAAACGGUUUUUAAGAAAGAUUUUUUUUUCUAAAAAAAAAAAAAAUUUGUUGCUCCCUUCAAAAAACGGGUUCUAAGAAAGAUUUAUUUCAAAAAAAAAACAAAAAAAAAACAUUUUUGAAAAAAAAUGUCGCGGCGAGACCAUGUGUGUGUUUCACCUGUUGCGCCUUUCAAAAAUGGUUUUUAAGAAAGAUUUUUUCAAAAAAAAAAAAAAAAAAAUUUUUUUUCAAAAAAAAAAAAAAAAUUUUUUUUCGAAAAAAAUGUCGCGACGAGACCAUGUGUGUGUUUCACCUGUUGCGCCUUUCAAAAAUGGUUUUUAAGAAAGAUUUUUUCAAAAAAAAAAAAAAAUUUUUUUUCAAAAAAAAAAAAUUUUUUUUCGAAAAAAAUGUCGCGACGAGACCAUGUGUGUGUUUCACCUGUUGCGCCUUUCAAAAAAUGGUUUUUAAGAAAGAUUUUUUCAAAAAAAAAAAUUUUUUUUCAAAAAAAAAAUUUUUUUUUUCGAAAAAAAUGUCGCGACGAGACCAUGUGUGUGUUUCACCUCUUGCGCCUUUCAAAAAACGGUUUUUAAGAAAGAUUUUUUUUUCAAAAAAAAACAAAAAAUUUUGUUGCGCCCUUCAAAAACGGUUUCUAAGAAAGAUUUUUUUCAAAAAAAAAAAAAUUUUUUUCGAAAAAAAUGUCGCGGCGAGACCAUGUAUGUGUUUCACCUGUUGCGCCUUUCAAAAAUGGUUUUUUAGAAAGAUUUAAAAAAAAAAAAUUUUUUUUUGAAAAAAAUGUCGCGACGAGACCAUGUGUGUGUUUCACCUGUUGCGCCUUUCAAAAACGGUUUUUAAGAAAGAUUUUUUUUUCUAAAAAAAAAAAAUUAAACUUUUUGUUGCGCCCUUCAAAAACGGUUUCUAAGAAAGAUUUUUUUUUUCAAAAAAAAAACAAAAAAUUUUGUUGCGCCUUUCAAAAACGGUUUCUAAUUGUAAGAAAGAUUUUUUUCAAAAAAAAAAAAAAAAAAUGUUUUUUGGAAAAAAAAAAAAAAAAAAAAUUUUUGAAAAAAAAAAAAAAAAAAAAAAAAAAAAUUUUUUGAAAAAAAAAAUUAAAAAAAAAAACAAAUUAUUUUUCUCGUUUCCAUUUUUUACUCCAUUUAUAAUAGAAGGCAAAUCGUGUAAUGAAACAUUCGAAAGAAUUUACAACGAAAUAUUGCCGAGUGACUAUAAUACAUUUGAUCGUGUCGAACUAUUUUAUCGUCAUCCCGAAUUGGAUGAUUGCGAUUUUCUCGAAUACUAUCGAAAAGGUCGACGACUUUUCCGUCUGAAUUUCAUCAGCUUCGAUGAUGAUUAUGUUGAAGUUGGCUUCAAUUCGUUGAAUUUUCCGAACAUUUCGAAAAUCGAUACAAAUCGUGAGAAGGCUACUGAACAACUCGCAAAUAUGACAAUUCUGUUGUGAGUUUUUUUUGCGAUACAUCAUUUUUUUUUUGGUCUAAAAUUACAGUAUCAAUAAUAUUCUUGGAAUUGAGAAGAUCAAAAAGAUAACGAAACUUGAGCCAGUUUUCAAAUGUAUUGAUCAACAAGAUGAUUAUUAUAUCAAAUUGGGAAUUGCAAUCGGUUUUAUUUUGGGAUUUGCUCUCGAAACUACAAUAUAUCUCAUAAUGUUUGAUUGUUGUUGCAAGAAAAAAGCGAAAAAACAUCCGAAACAAGUGAAUUUUGUUAGGAAUCGACGUUUUCAUCAUGAUGAUUUGGGUGAAUUGAGUGGCGGCAAUUUUGAUGAUACUUAUGGUCCUGUGAAAAAAGUGACACCGAAGGAUGGCGAUCAAGUUUAUGAGUAUUCGGCAAAAGGGAUUUCGAGAAAAAUGUGA